CAGAAGUUAAACCCUUCUAAAAAUCCGAGCCCCCUUAAUCACUCACGGCAAUCUCAUCUCCCCUCAGAAACACUAAAAAGAAAGAUUAUAUCGUUUUCAAUCCUCAAAUCCUUUCUCUGAACUCGCUUCAGAGUAAAAUACUGAAAGAUUUUAGACAAAGUUCAUGAUUCUUCGUCUUCUUCUUCUUGUUCUGCUCGUACUAUCGUAACAGUAAGAAUUCGAUUACGACUCUUGUCUUUGGUUUAUUUGGGUGUCAUGGGGUUUCUCGAAGGAUCUUUACCAGAUUGUUCUAGUAACAUGCAUUGCUCAAAAUGGGCGAGGGAGAAAAUGAAAUAUUGUCUGUGUAGUACUAAGGAUACUGUUUCAUUGUCGCUGGGUAUGUUGAGUGUUAUCAGUUGGGGUGUUGCUGAGAUACCUCAAAUCAUUACAAACUACAGGGAGAAAUCCACCGAGGGACUAUCACUUGCCUUCUUGAUGACAUGGAUUGUAGGAGAUCUUUUCAACCUUGUUGGCUGUAAGCUGGAACCUGCUACUCUUCCAACACAAUACUACAUGGCAAUAUUAUAUACAAUAACAACCAGUAUUCUUGCUUCGCAAACGAUAUACUAUAGUCAUAUCUACCACCGUCUUAAAGCAAAGCGACGAGUCAUUCCAAACAAGGGCCCGAACCAGUCAGAGACGGUGGAUAAAACAAAUAAUAAGAAAAUUACCUGCAAAAAAGGUCUGAACGUUUCAGCGGGGGGACAUGUGCCAAGCUCACCCAUCCCCGUCACUGCUCCUAUUCUGUCUCGUUAUGGUUCUCUUGGGAGAGACAUGUACUACACGUCGGCUAGAUCUCUGACAAAAAGUCGUACACCUACAGCUGGAUCUUAUCUAGCACAAACCCGUGGUUCUGAACAAACAACCAUAAUUCACACUGCUGACCAAAAUGCUAUUGAAGAGCCUCUGCUUGGUGGUCCUGUUUCUGCACAAUCCGCACCGCAGUCUAACACAAAAAAUAUGCUGUGUGCGGUCUUCGCAUUGACAUUCUUCUUUAGUAGCUUCAAUUUCCAGUAUUCUGAUAACAGUUUAAACCGGAUUCUUGAUAAACCAGGAAGAGGAGUUGUAUUCAGAAUAGGAAGAAAGAUUUUACAUAGCAAUGACCAAGUGUCAUCGGUACAUGGGAGUGAUAUUAACAGUGAAAUAGGAACCAUUCUUGGCUGGGCAAUGGCUGCUAUUUACAUGGGGGGAAGACUUCCACAGAUAUGCUUAAAUAUGAGAAGGGGAAAUGUCGAGGGGCUCAACCCGUUGAUGUUUAUCUUUGCAUUGGUUGGAAACAUUACCUAUGUUGGAAGCAUACUUGUUAGCAGCAUGGAGUGGUCAAAAAUAAGGCCUAAUCUGCCGUGGCUAGUGGAUGCAGGAGGAUGUGUUCUUUUAGAUACUUUCAUACUCAUUCAGUUCACCUAUUUCCACUUGAGGAAGCCUAGGAAUCAACAGAACAAUCAUGGUGAUCUAGGUACAGCGUAGCUCUGUUGCAGUAAAGUUUUCAGAACUUCCUUUUUCGCACUUCAAGCUAAGAGCAUCUGAGUUUCACGAAUCUAUGUUGGAAGCUGAUGAAAAUCUGUCAAUACCCCAAAAGAAUCUAUGUACCCGAAAGAAUCUAUGUUGGAAGCUGAUGAAAAUAUGUCAAUACCCCAAAGGAAGCUGCAUGUGUUUUUGAGGGGUGUUGGUAUUGAGGCAGCAGCCUAUGGUUGAUGGGCUCAUGUAUAGCAUUUUUCACCUUAAAACUUGCUUCUUUUUUUCUUCUAACAGUGAUCCCUUUACAAUUCUGGCCAUAUUCAUCCAUGGCUCAAGGGUCUUCAUGUUAGAGGUUGGUUAAGGCUUCUCUGGAAGUUGGAUGUUGUCAAUGGCUGAGCGUCAUUAAGAUUUUGGUGUCAGAGUUGAUAUCUGCGUCUGAUGUUAACCGGGCGCCUGGAAACAAAAUUUUGAGAACUCAAACUGUGUAUCAUAAAACCCCACUAAAAGGAUUUAUCAUUAAUGGU